AUUAACUUUUCCUCACUGUCAUGCACUAAAUAUUUUUGACAAGUUGCAUCAGAACUGCAACCACCGAUUUAAUAAAUAGCCCAUGAAAACAAAUAAUAACGCAUAUUCAACUUCCAAAAGCAAAGUCUAUCUCCAAACCAAACCUUGUUUCAUUUCUGUUCUCAUACCUACAAAAUGGCUGAAGCUUUACUUGGAAUCGUGAUAGAAAACCUCGGAUCUUUUGUUCGAGAGGAGAUUGCAUCCUUUUUGGGUGUUGGAGAAUUGACCCAAAGGCUAUCUGGAAAUCUCACUGCAAUUCGUGCUGUACUAAAAGAUGCUGAAAAGAAGCAAAUAACAAACGAUCUUGUGAGGAACUGGCUGCAAAAACUGGGUGACGCUGCUUAUGUACUUGAUGAUAUAUUGGAUGAAUGUUCAAUAACUUCAAAAGCACAUGGAGGCAACAAGUGCAUCACUAGUUUUCAUCCUAUGAAGAUUUUGGCUCGUCGUAACAUUGGAAAGAGGAUGAAGGAGGUUGCUAAAAGGAUUGAUGAUAUUGCUGAAGAAAGGAUCAAGUUUGGAUUUCAACUGGUGGGAGUCACAGAGGAGCAGCAACGAGGAGAUGAUGAAUGGCGCCAAACUAUUUCUACUGUCACCGAACCGAAAGUAUAUGGAAGAGACAAAGAUAAAGAGCAGAUUGUAGAGUUUCUUCUAAAUGCUAGCGACAGUGAAGAACUCUCUGUCUGUUCCAUUGUUGGUGUUGGCGGACAAGGAAAAACAACACUCGCUCAAAUGGUCUUCAAUGAUGAAAGGGUAAAAACACAUUUUGACUUGAAAAUAUGGGUGUGUGUUUCGGAUGAUUUCAGUUUACUGAAAAUUUUAGAGUCCAUCAUAGAAAACACCAUUGGAAAAAACCUAGAUCUCUUGUCUUUAGAGUCAAGGAAAAAAAAGGUUCAAGAUAUUUUGCAAAACAAAAGGUAUUUGCUUGUUCUUGAUGAUGUUUGGAGUGAAGACCAAGAGAAAUGGAAUAAGUUAAAGUCUUUGUUGCAACUUGGAAAGAAAGGUGCAUCAAUUUUGGUCACUACCAGACUUGAGAUUGUUGCAUCCAUCAUGGGAACUAAGGUUCAUCCUUUAGCACAGUUAUCUGAUGAUGACAUCUGGUCGUUGUUCAAACAACAUGCUUUUGGAGCAAAUAGAGAAGGGCGUGCAGAUCUUGUGGAAAUAGGCCAAAAGUUAGUGAGAAAAUGUGUGGGUUCACCUCUUGCUGCUAAAGUAUUGGGAAGCCUUUUACGCUUUAAAAGCGAUGAACAUCAAUGGAUUUCUGUGGUGGAAAGUGAGUUUUGGAAUUUAGCUGAUGAUAACCAUGUCAUGUCUGCUUUGAGACUGAGCUACUUUAACUUGAAAUUGUCAUUGAGGCCAUGUUUUACUUUUUGUGCUGUUUUUCCUAAGGAUUUUGAAAUGGAUAAGGAAGAACUCAUUAAACUUUGGAUGGCUAAUGGACUUGUUAUAUCUAGAGGAAACUUACAGAUGGAGCAUGUUGGUAAUGAGGUAUGGAAUGAAUUAUAUCAAAGGUCAUUUUUUCAAGAAGUCGAAUCAGAUUUAGUAGGUAACAUUACAUUUAAAAUGCAUGAUUUAGUCCAUGAUUUAGCUCAGUCUAUUAUGGGAGAAGAAUGUGUCUCUUGUGAUGUUUCAAAGUUGACUAAUUUGCCAAUUAGAGUUCACCAUAUCAGCCUGUGUGAUAACAAAUCAAAAGAUGACUACAUGAUUCCCUUCCAAAAAGUUGAUUCCUUGCGAACUUUCCUUGAGUAUACGCGACCUUGCAAGAAUUUAGAUGCGUUUCUAUCAAGCACUCCUCUCCGAGCUUUAUGUAUAAGUUCUUAUCAACUCUCGUCAUUGAAGAAUUUAAUACAUUUGAGGUACUUGGUUCUUUACGGAAGUGAUAUCACAACCUUGCCUGCGUCUUUUUGUAAACUUCAAAAAUUGCAAACACUUAAACUUCUAAGUUGUUAUUUUUUAUCUAGUUUUCCAAAACAAUUCACAAAAUUGCAGGACCUUCGACAUCUCAUUAUUAAAAGUUGUCCAUCAUUGAAAUCAACUCCUUUUAAAAUUGGGGAGUUAACUAGUCUCCAAACAUUGAACUAUUUCAUAGUUGGUUUAGAAACUGGGUUUGGUUUAGCAGAGCUACACAACUUACAAUUAGGAGGCAAGCUAUACAUCAAAGGCCUUGAGAAUGUGUCAAUUGAGGAGGAUGCUAGAAAAGCUAAUUUGAUUGGCAAGAAAGACUUAAAUCGCUUAUAUUUGUCAUGGGAUCAUUCAAAAGUUAGUGGUGUUCAUGCUGAGCGAGUACUUGAAGCUCUUGAGCCCCAUUCAGGACUUAAGCAUAUUGGGGUGGAUGGUUAUAUGGGAACACAAUUUCCUCGUUGGAUGAGAAAUACUUCUAUUCUAAGAGGUUUAGUUAGUAUUAUUCUCUAUGACUGUAAAAACUGCAGGCAGCUUCCUCCAUUUGGUAAAUUACCAUGUUUAGAUAUUCUUUAUGUAUCUGGAAUGAGAGAUAUAAAGUACAUUGAUGAUGAUUUGUAUGAACCUGCGACUGAGAAGGCUUUUACGUCAUUGAAAAAGUUGACUUUGAAAGGCUUACCAAAUUUAGAGAGGGUUUUGGAAGUCGAAGGAGUAGAGAUGCUACCACAACUUUUAAAUUUAGAUAUAAGAAAUGUCCCCAAACUUACAUUGCCACCCCUUGCAUCUGUUAAAUCACUUUUUGCUAAAGGAGGAAAUGAAGAGUUAUUGAAGUCUAUUGUUAACAACAGUAAUCUUAAGUCACUUUCCAUAUCUGAAUUUUCCAAACUCAUUGAAUUACCUGGUACGUUUGAAUUCGGCACUCUUAGUGCAUUAGAAUCUCUUACAAUUCACUGCUGUAAUGAAAUCGAGUCAUUAUCAGAGCACUUAUUGCAAGGUUUGAGGUCUCUUCGAACUUUGGCCAUUCAUGAAUGUGGUAGAUUUAAAUCCCUUUCCGACGGUAUGAGACACCUAACUUGUCUUGAGACACUUGAAAUCUAUAACUGCCCACAGUUAGUUUUUCCACAUAACAUGAACAGUCUAACUUCCCUCCGUCGACUGGUACUCUCGGAUUGUAAUGAAAACAUACUAGAUGGCAUAGAAGGCAUCCCCUCACUGCAAAGUUUGUCUCUGUAUUAUUUUCCUUCACUAACAUCCUUGCCAGACUGUUUGGGUGCCAUCACUUCUCUUCAGACAUUACACAUUCAGGGAUUUCCAAAGUUAAGUUCACUACCAGACAACUUUCAGCAACUCCAAAACUUGCAAAAGUUAAGAAUUUGUGGUUGCCCUAAGUUGGAGAAGAGAUGCAAGAGAGGAAUAGGUGAAGAUUGGCAUAAGAUAGCUCACAUUCCUGAUUUGCCAUCUUUUGAAGAAACAACAAAGCCAACAAUUUGUGAUAAUAUCUUAUCAGCAUGGAAGAAGCAAUUUUGGGACCGGAUGGUUGAAAGGAGUCAUUUUGACUGGAUGGUUGAAAACGAGCAUAGAGAAAUAGAUGUAUAACGCUGUUGUCUUCAUUCUUACGUGUUGUCACCGCAGAAGAAAUUGUAGACUCAUGGACAUCUUUCUCAAGCUUCAUCAUCUGGAUGUUCUUCACAACAUCUUACUCACUCAUUGGAAGGAAUGAAUAAUCGACUUUUUCGUGCAUUUGACUGUUUCUUUGUAGUUAACAACUUCCUUUAUGCUUAGAAUGAAUCUUUUUAGUUUUAACUGCAACUUUUUAACACAAGUAUUGGUUUGUAAGGUUACUGGGUAGUGAUUUGGAUGGGAGAGAACCAAGCUCUCGAAACUUAGUGAAACCAUGUCUGUUUUCUAUGUAAUAUUUCAAUUAUGCAGCAGUGUAAAUGUUUGUAUUCAUUGUCCGUUUGAGACCAAUUUCUUUAGAGUUUCAUCAAUAAAAUCAUUGUUAUUCAGUGAA